AUGGCGAAGAUCGAGGAACCAACAAUCGACGUCAUGCUGUUUGUGGACAAGGAGAAGCGCAGGGUGCUGUUCGCAGAGGCCGACGAGGACUUCGUAGAUGUCCUCUUCGGCUGGCUGACACUGCCUUUAGGCACCAUUGUUCGCCUUAUGAACAAGCAAUCUCAGAUGGGAUGCCUUGAUCAGGUUUACAGCAGUGUUGAGGAUCUCAGCACCGACUACUUCCAAACCAAGGCCUGCAAGGGGAUGCUUCUUGCACCACUCAACGCCGCUUCCGGCCACUGCUGUCAACUCAAGAUCAACAUCGAUGACACCAAGAAAGGUGCACUUUAUAUCUGCAGAGACACAAGCUGUAGCGCUUCUGUCGGUGAUUGCAGGUUUAGCUCAGUUCGUGGCGCAGUCUGCAAAUGUGGCAAAGACAUGCAGUACACUGGGGAAUGGUCGGAUAACCAUGGAGAAGACGCUGCACCUGCUGGAGAAGACGCUGAUUCUGGGGUUUUUGUGAUCGGCUGCUUCAAGUUUAUCAUAACUGAUGAUCUCAUAGUUGCGCCAGCUUCGACGUCUCUCAUGAUGUCUCUCUUUCAAAGAUUUGGAGUAGGUGAUCCAGCAACUCUUGAGAAAACGGUCAUCCAACUCAAUUCACAAAAGAUAACUAGCCUGCUUGGGAGAUCAUUGACGUCCAAGCAAUCUUUAACUGGGAUUUAUUUCGAUACUCCUAUCGAUUAUGAUGCCGUAGACCUGUUUGUGCUCUCUGAGAAAUUGUACCCUGACCGACAAAAUGAUGCCGAUCAAAAGCUAAGCAAUGUGAAGAUAAGAGUUCUUCAGACAAGAAACAGCUCGCUGUUGUAUGCCGAAGCUUCUGACGAUUUCGUCGAUCUUCUAUUUGGCUGGUUAAGCAUCCCGUUAGGAUCUAUGAUCAAAACAUAUUGUCAUCGCUCACUAAAAGGAUGCGUUGAUAAUCUCUACUGGAGCAUAUAUGGAAGUGCUAAAGGAUAUGUAAGACCAGAGUGUCAGAGCUUGCUACUAGACCCAAAAGCAGUGCCCUUUUCUGGUUGCCGAACCACCAAGAUCCUACAAGUUGAAGAGUUGGCUCCAAGUAAGCUACAAAUCAAAGGCUGUGUCAAGUGCUUCAAGACCGGUGGUUUUGCUGGCCUUGGCCGAUGUUUGGAGCAAACUCCUGUUUAUAGUCGUAACUUUGGCAGGAUCCAGUACUAUGCGUAUACCUAUUGCAAGAACAGUGUAAAAUCCACUAACCUUCAUGAGUCGAAUCCAAAAUUGCCAAAUGGGGGAAGUGAAAAAGGCGAAGCAUACGUGAAGGGAGGAUCUAUUAAAUUCAUGGUGACUGAUGGGCUGAAUAUCCUUCCUCUUUCCAUGUCAAGCACUCUACAAGCAGUUCGUGCAGCGCAGAUCCAGCCAGGAAAUCUCCUGGAGAAUGAAGUCACUCUCACAAACUUCCAGAUCAUGGAGCUACUGAGAGCUGCGCUGGUGAGUCGCAACGCUCUCAGCUCUGUGCUUCUGCCUCCCAAGAAGAGGAAGCUAGAAGCCUAG